AUGCUGACUCAUAUAAGUCUGUACACCCACCUCCCCCGCACCACCGGCAAGGUCUCGCUCCAGGGACUCUCCGCCCCGGCGCAGGUUUACCGCGACGCUCUGGGAAUUCCCCACGCGCAGACGGCCAACGAGACCGACGCCUUCUAUGUCCAGGGCUUCGUUACCGCCCAGGACCGCCUGUGGCAGAUGGAAUACGACCGCCGUCGGGGCAGCGGUCGCUGGGCCGAAACGGUGGGCCCGUCAGGGUUGGACCAGGACAUAAUGAUGCGCCGCUUCCGCCUGGUGGACAGCGCCAAGGCCGACUACGCCGCGGUCAACGCCCACACCCGCAUACUGAUGGACGCCUAUGCCGCCGGAGUCAACGCCUGGAUAGCGACUGCCACUGCCGAAGGCACCCUGCCCGUCGAAUACUCUAUCACCGGCUUGGCUCCUGAACCCUGGGAACCCUGGGAUGGCCUGGUGGUCUUCAAGGUGCGGCACAUCCUCAUGGGCGUUUUCGAAUCCAAGGUCUGGCGCGCCCAGUUGGUCAACGAACUGGGGCCGGAGAAGGCAGCCCAACUGGCCCCGGGCUACCAGCCCGGACAGCUUCAAAUCCUGCCGCCGGGCGGUCGCUACGAGAGUGAACUCGACACCUAUCUGUUUGAACUCAUGCUUGGCGCCGAGGCGGUCAACCUCCUCAACGAGACCGACAGCGGCAGCAACAGUUGGGCGCUGGGUGGCGGCCGCACCGCCACCGGCAAGCCCCUGCUGGCCGGCGACUCCCACCGUGCGCUGGACACCCCCAACGUCUACUACCAGAGCCACAUUUCCUGCCCGGAGUGGGACGUCAUUGGCCUGGCCAUCCCCGGAGUGCCCGGCUUCCCCCACUUCGGCCACAACGACAGGGUGGCCUGGUGCAUCACCCAUACCAGCGCAGAUUACCAGGACCUUUACAUCGAGAAGUUUGAUGUGCGCAACCCGGGUUACCAUUUACAGGCCAACAUUCGGGACCAAGGCGCCUCCCGCCGGAAUGCUUCUGCUGCGACCCACUGGCGGCAGGCCAAUGGUCGUGAGGAGGUAAUCAAGGUCAGAGGCGAAGCUGACCACCACAUGACCACCUGGGCCACCGACCACGGGCCCGUCAUCUCCGGUGGCCCGCCUGGCGAAUAUGGCAUCGCUCUUAAGUACACGGCAACCGACGGCCCCAAGUCUUGGCCCAACCUGAUUCCCGCCAUGCUGCGGGCCCGGGACAGCAACGAGCUUGCCGACUCCAUGCACGGCUGGGUUGACCCCUGCAAUAAUUUCCUCUUCGCCGACGUGGACGGCAACUUCGGUUACCUUUGCCGUGGCGAAAUCCCCAUCCGUUCCGUCCAGAAUGCCCGCCUGCCCGUGCCCGGGUGGACCGGUGAGCAUGAGUGGAAGGGCAACAUCCCCUUUGAGGACUUGCCCCGCUCCAUCAACCCCCCCGAGGGCUAUAUCGUCACCGCCAACAACAAGCCGGUGGACGAUGACUACCCGUACUACAUUUCCUCCGAGUUCACCCCCGGUUUUCGUGCCGAGCGGGUUAGAGAAGGCCUGUUGUCCCUGGAUAAACCCACCGUGGCAGAUAUGGCCAAGGUUCACGAUGAGCGCAUUUCCAUCCCCGCCCAGGCCUUCGUUAAUUACCUGCAGGCCCACCAGACAGAGAUGAACGCGAAAGAUGACCUGACCACCAAAGUACUGGAAGCGCUGUUGUCCUGGAACUGCAGCAUGGACGCCGACGGCGUGGCCCCCACCAUCUACAGCGCCUUCCGCGACGCCCUGCUCCUUCGCAAUCGAUCUACCGGCACAACCUGGGCGAGAGGCUGA